AUGGCGGAUGUGUGGGAAGGUUUCUUUUUUUUGAUUUCUUAAGAAUUCGAAAAUUCUGAAUUUUUUUGAACUUUAGGAACAUUUUGACAGGACCUAUUAUUAUACAAAUUAACCCUUUUCUUGUCAAAAUUUCUGAAAUUGUUGAGUUUUUAGAAUAAAGGAAAAAGGGAUUUUUUAGUAUUAUACCUGUUUGAAAUAGGAAUGUAUAUACAUUUCAAAAUUGCAUUUUAAAAAAAUCACUUUGUUUCAAUUUUUGAAAAAAUAAAUAGUUGACUUCCAGUUUCAUAUGGAAGAUAAAAAAAAAUAUAUACAUGAAAAUUUGUUUUUGGAUGAUGAUAAUUUAAUGUAUUCACACAGUACCCUCAUUUUCAUAUGUUGAAGUCUCUGUGUGAAUUAUUUUCAACUCUUUUUUUAAAUUUAUUUGUAAAAACCAUUUAUAAGUUAAAGGAGCAUGGACGAGUUUUUAUAAAGGUCCCAAAGCGAAAUUCCGUGCAAAAAAAUGUAAUUAAAGGUUAAAAAAAUAGUUUUUUUGGGACAGUUUGAAACGGUUUUUGUUAAUUUUUCUCAAAUGAAUCAUUAUACUGUAUUCCUGGAAAAAAAAUUGCAAAAAAUCUCGGAAAUGACGUUUUUUAGAUUUUUAAGAUCCAUGUGCAUAUUUAGCGUUGCGAAAAAAGGCGAGAAGCGCGGAAAACAGCAUCGACGUGAAGUUGGUCUCGUUGAACAAGUUGACCGCCAGUUCUCAUGGUUCGUUUUGCGCUAAUUUUUUGCCCAAUCAAUUUCAAACAGUUUUUGUGUUAAAAGAGAGAAAAAAUAAUAAAAGUAAGAGUGCUUUUUCAGUGAAAACCGGAGUGAUUAAAAUAUUGGUUGAAUUGAAUUUUUUUCGAAGAAUUUGCUGUUUUUUUCAAUUUUUUUAUAGGUGACUUAUGUGAGCUUUUAUUAAUUUGAAUUUCGAAAAAAAUAAACCGGAAAAAAAUGUUUUUCCAGGCAAUAUCAGAAAAUAAAUGAAUUAAAAAUUUUUAAUUUAAGAAAAAUUUUUUUCAAAUGAGUUUCCUGUUUCUGUCGUUUUUUUAUAACUUAAAUAAUCCUGUAACGACUCGAUGCUUCUUUUUUUCCAACAGCAAAAGUUUUCCCUUGUUUGACGUUUCAUUAAGGAAUUUUUUUCCAGAUUUAUUUCUGGUACAUUUCAAAAAGUUUUGUAAUGAGGACGAUGUUACAAGAAAAAGUCUUUAUUAGAUUUUCUUGAGAAUUUCUUAUGACAAUCCUUUUUUUGACACAAUGACAAACAAUAAAAAAUUUUUUAGCCAGGAUAAGCUCUGAGAAAAAGUCUUCGUUAGAAAAUUUGCGGCCUUUUUGAUUUUUUUCAAAAGAUAUUCUUUUUUGAGUUGAAAAAAAUUUUUCAGGGGGCUUUGAUAUCGAUGAAAAAACGGUUUCCUCGCGUCAGGCUAUGUUCCAAACCCUGACCAACGAUAUUGAAGGACUGAUCGGCCAGUUGAACGGCAUCAAUGAUGAGGUUUUCUCGAACAAAUGCACGAAAAUAACUCCGAAACAGAUGACGGAGGUUGUGGGAGCCCAAUCAUCGGCCAGUUGGGCCUCGAAUCCCGCCAUCCAACAUACAGUACGCCGCCAUCGGGAAAUCCUCAGGGAUUACGGUAGCGAGUUCCGAAGAGCCAGGGAUAACGUCGACCAGGUCUUGCAGAGGUACGGGGAAAUCUUUGAAAUUAAGGAACGCCAUAGUGGUCACUUGGAGGCUUUUUAGGUUACCCUCAAGGGACUACUUCAUCUCCUAUAGGAAGCACUGAAGCUUGCAGGCCACUUUAGGCAGUCAUGGUAGUAGUCGAGCAGAUCGAUGAAAUUCCAAUAAUGAAGUCUCUUUACCUUUCAGUUCAGAACAAAAGUUUAAAAGACCCCUAUAGGGACCACUUGAGUUUUAGGGGCUUAGACUCUCGACUCCUAUAGGGACCACUUGAGUUUUAGGGGCUUAGACUCUCGACUCCUAUAGGGACCACUUGAGUUUUAGGGGCUUAGACUCUCGACUCCUAUAGGGACCACUUUAGUUUUAGGGGCUUAGACUCUCGACUCCUAUAGAGACCACUUUAGUUUUAGGGUCUUAGACUCUCGACUCCUAUAGGGACCACUUGAGUUUUAGGGGCUUAGACUCUCGACUCCUAUAGGGACCACUUUAGUUUUAGGGGCUUAGACUCUCGACUCCUAUAGAGACCACUUUAGUUUUAGGGUCUUAGACUCUCGACUCCUAUAGGGACCACUUUGAGUUUUAGGGGCUUAGACUCUCGACUCCUAUAGGGACCACUUUAGUUUUAGGGGCUUAGACUCUCGACUCCUAUAGAGACCACUUUAGUUUUAGGGUCUUAGACUCUCGACUCCUAUAGGGACCACUUGAGUUUUAGGGGCUUAGACUCUCGACUCCUAUAGGGACCACUUGAGUUUUAGGGGCUUAGACUCUCGACUCCUAUAGGGACCACUUGAGUUUUAGGGGCUUAGACUCUCGACUCCUAUAGGGACCACUUUAGUUUUAGGGGCUUAGACUCUCGACUCCUAUAGAGACCACUUUAGUUUUAGGGUCUUAGACUCUCGACUCCUAUAGGGACCACUUGAGUUUUUAGGGGCUUAGACUCUCGACUCCUAUAGGGACCACUUUAGUUUUAGGGGCUUAGACUCUCGACUCCUAUAGAGACCACUUUAGUUUUUAGGGGUCUUAGACUCUCGACUCCUAUAGGGACCACUUGAGUUUUUAGGGGCUUAGACUCUCGACUCCUAUAGGGACCACUUUAGUUUUUAGGGGCUUAGACUCUCGACUCCUAUAGAGACCACUUUAGUUUUAGGGGUCUUAGACUCUCGACUCCUAUAGGGACCACUUUGAGUUUUAGGGGCUUAGACUCUCGACUCCUAUAGGGACCACUUUGAGUUUUAGGGGCUUAGACUCUCGACUCCUAUAGGGACCACUUUGAGUUUUUAGGGGCUUAGACUCUCGACUCCUAUAGGGACCACUUUAGUUUUAGGGGCUUAGACUCUCGACUCCUAUAGGGACCACUUUAGUUUUAGGGGCUUAGACUCUCGACUCCUAUAGGGACCACUUUAGUUUUAGGGGCUUAGACUCUCGACUCCUAUAGGGACCACUUUAGUUUUAGGGGCUUAGACUCUCGACUCCUAUAGGGACCACUUUGAGUUUUAGGGGCUUAGACUCUCGACUCCUAUAGGGACCACUUUGAGUUUUAGGGGCUUAGACUCUCGACUCCUAUAGGGACCACUUUAGUUUUAGGGGCUUAGACUCUCGACUCCUAUAGGGACCACUUUGAGUUUUUAGGGGCUUAGACUCUCGACUCCUAUAGGGACCACUUUGAGUUUUUAGGGGCUUAGACUCUCGACUCCUAUAGAGACCACUUUAGUUUUUAGGGGCUUAGACUCUCGACUCCUAUAGGGACCACUUUAGUUUUAGGGGCUUAGACUCUCGACUCCUAUAGGGACCACUUGAGUUUUAGGGGCUUAGACUCUCGACUCCUAUAGGGACCACUUUAGUUUUAGGGGCUUAGACUCUCGACUCCUAUAGGGACCACUUUAGUUUUAGGGGCUUAGACUCUCGACUCCUAUAGGGACAACUUUGAGUUUUAGGGGCUUAGACUCUCGACUCCUAUAGGGACCACUUUGAGUUUUUAGGGGCUUAGACUCUCGACUCCUAUAGGGACCACUUUAGUUUUAGGGGCUUAGACUCUCGACUCCUAUAGGGACCACUUUAGUUUUAGGGGCUUAGACUCUCGACUCCUAUAGGGACCACUUUGAGUUUUUAGGGGCUUAGACUCUCGACUCCUAUAGGGACCACUUUGAGUUUUUAGGGGCUUAGACUCUCGACUCCUAUAGGGACCACUUUAGUUUUUAGGGGCUUAGACUCUCGACUCCUAUAGGGACCACUUUGAGUUUUUAGGGGCUUAGACUCUCGACUCCUAUAGGGACCACUUGAGUUUUUAGGGGCUUAGACUCUCGACUCCUAUAGGGACCACUUUAGUUUUAGGGGCUUAGACUCUCGACUCCUAUAGGGACCACUUGAGUUUUAGGGGCUUAGACUCUCGACUCCUAUAGGGACCACUUUAGUUUUAGGGGCUUAGACUCUCGACUCCUAUAGGGACCACUUUAGUUUUAGGGGCUUAGACUCUCGACUCCCUAUAGGGACCACUUUGAGUUUUUAGGGGCUUAGACUCUCGACUCCUAUAGGGACCACUUUAGUUUUAGGGGCUUAGACUCUCGACUCCUAUAGGGACCACUUGAGUUUUUAGGGGCUUAGACUCUCGACUCCUAUAGGGACCACUUUAGUUUUUAGGGGCUUAGACUCUCGACUCCUAUAGGGACCACUUUGAGUUUUAGGGGCUUAGACUCUCGACUCCUAUAGGGACCACUUGAGUUUUUAGGGGCUUAGACUCUCGACUCCUAUAGGGACCACUUUGAGUUUUUAGGGGCUUAGACUCUCGACUCCUAUAGGGACCACUUUGAGUUUUAGGGGCUUAGACUCUCGACUCCUAUAGGGACCACUUUAGUUUUAGGGGCUUAGACUCUCGACUCCUAUAGGGACCACUUUAGUUUUAGGGGCUUAGACUCUCGACUCCUAUAGGGACCACUUUAGUUUUAGGGGCUUAGACUCUCGACUCCUAUAGGGACCACUUUAGUUUUAGGGGCUUAGACUCUCGACUCCUAUAGGGACCACUUUAGUUUUUAGGGGCUUAGACUCUCGACUCCUAUAGGGACCACUUUAGUUUUUAGGGGCUUAGACUCUCGACUCCUAUAGGGACCACUUUAGUUUUUAGGGGCUUAGACUCUCGACUCCUAUAGGGACCACUUUAGUUUUUAGGGGCUUAGACUCUCGACUCCUAUAGGGACCACUUUAGUUUUUAGGGGCUUAGACUCUCGACUCCUAUAGGGACCACUUUAGUUUUUAGGGGCUUAGACUCUCGACUCCUAUAGGGACCACUUGAGUUUUAGGGGCUUAGACUCUCGACUCCUAUAGGGACCACUUUAGUUUUUAGGGGCUUAGACUCUCGACUCCUAUAGGGACCACUUUGAGUUUUAGGGGCUUAGACUCUCGACUCCUAUAGGGACCACUUUAGUUUUUAGGGGCUUAGACUCUCGACUCCUAUAGGGACCACUUUAGUUUUUAGGGGCUUAGACUCUCGACUCCUAUAGGGACCACUUUAGUUUUAGGGGCUUAGACUCUCGACUCCUAUAGGGACCACUUUAGUUUUAGGGGCUUAGACUCUCGACUCCUAUAGGGACCACUUUAGUUUUAGGGGCUUAGACUCUCGACUCCUAUAGGGACCACUUUGAGUUUUAGGGGCUUAGACUCUCGACUCCUAUAGGGACCACUUGAGUUUUAGGGGCUUAGACUCUCGACUCCUAUAGGGACCACUUUGAGUUUUAGGGGCUUAGACUCUCGACUCCUAUAGGGACCACUUGAGUUUUAGGGGCUUAGACUCUCGACUCCUAUAGGGACCACUUGAGUUUUAGGGGCUUAGACUCUCGACUCCUAUAGGGACCACUUUGAGUUUUUAGGGGCUUAGACUCUCGACUCCCUAUAGGGACCACUUUAGUUUUAGGGGCUUAGACUCUCGACUCCUAUAGGGACCACUUUGAGUUUUAGGGGCUUAGACUCUCGACUCCUAUAGGGACCACUUUGAGUUUUAGGGGCUUAGACUCUCGACUCCCUAUAGGGACCACUUUAGUUUUUAGGGGCUUAGACUCUCGACUCCUAUAGGGACCACUUUAGUUUUAGGGGCUUAGACUCUCGACUCCUAUAGGGACCACUUUAGUUUUAGGGGCUUAGACUCUCGACCCCUAUAGGGACCACUUUAGUUUUAGGGGCUUAGACUCUCGACCCCUAUAGGGACCACUUUAGUUUUAGGGGCUUAGACUCUCGACUCCUAUAGGGACCACUUUAGUUUUAGGGGCUUAGACUCUCGACUCCUAUAGGGACCACUUGAGUUUUAGGGGCUAGACUCUCGACCCCUAUAGGGACCACUUUGAGUUUUUAGGGGCUUAGACUCUCGACUCCUAUAGGGACCACUUGAGUUUUUAGGGGCUUAGACUCUCGACUCCUAUAGGGACCACUUUGAGUUUUUAGGGGCUAGACUCUCGACCCCUAUAGGGACCACUUUAGUUUUUAGGGGCUUAGACUCUCGACUCCUAUAGGGACCACUUGAGUUUUUAGGGGUCUUAGACUCUCGACUCCUAUAGGGACCACUUGAGUUUUAGGGGCUUAGACUCUCGACUCCUAUAGGGACCACUUGAGUUUUAGGGUCUUAGACUCUCGACUCCUAUAGGGACCACUCAAAAUUCACCCCUUCAUGGAGUACUAUUUCAUUCAUCAUAUAAAAUUAGAGCAAAAUGAUGAAUUCAUGUAAGUUUAUUGAUUUGUCUCUCAUCUCACAGAAAAGAUUAGCAUUUUUUACGGUUACAAAAAACAUAGGGAAUUCAACAUUUCAAAAAAUUUAUUUAAUGAAGAGAGCAACGGAAGUUUUUGUUCUUGAACAAGAAUUUUUGGGAAUUUCCCGCCCCAAAUAUUCGGUUUUUGUGAAUAUUUACAAUUAAAAUCACGGAUUCCACUCUCAUCUCACAAAAAAUGAUUAGAAAUUUUCGUGUUUUCAAAAAAAAAUUCGAUCAUUCUAGUCGACGAAGUUUGUAAUCGAUCUUCAACCCUUUCUAGUUGGAAAAAAAAUUUUAAAAAAAUGGGUUUAUAUUUUUCUCCAUCGAAGUUGUUAAAAGUUUUCUGCGGAAUAUUAUUUAUUCAUGGUUUUUAGGGAACUUCUGCUCAGCGGUGGAAACAGCAGUAAGGACGGCGUUUGUUUGAAUAAUCGGGCCAAGGGAUAUGAUAUGUAUGCCAAGGUUUGGUUUUUAUCUUGGAGAUUUUUGAAAAAAAUCUUAAAAUGGUUAUUCGAUAUAGUUUAAGGACAGUGAGGAAACCCCCAAAAAAAUACUUUUAAAAAGAACUUUUUGAAAAAGACCUUUUUUAGCGCUUUCCAUGAAUUGUUACCUUUCGAAGCAUUGAAAAAUUGGUAGUUCCUAGAAGAUGAUCUUCAGAAAAGGUGGACUUAAACUCGAAAAAAAAAGAUCUCUUUUACUUAAAAAGACGCUCAGAAGAAACAUUUUCAGGGGCUCAAGAUUUUUUUUUCGAGAUUUUUUCAAAGAUCGCUUUGAUUUUUCCCGUGAAUAAUAUUUUUUAAAAAACCUUAACAUCACCUUUUGAUAUUUUUUUUUGAAGGAUUCGCUCAAGAUCCUUUAAAAGUCACUUCGACUUUGCCCUUGAAUUCAUCUUUAGGAUUCUGAAAAAGUCCCUCCGAUUUUGCUUUGGGAUAUAGUUAUUUGACUCUCCUAGGAGCACGACCACAUUUCCUCGUGCGAUCGACUGCUCGACGAGCAAAUGAGCAUCGCUUUGAGCACCAAGGAGAACUUGGCCCGCCAAGGGAUCAACUUGAGAGGCAUCGGCUCCAGAAUGCAGACCAUUGCUAGUUCGUUUUUCGGCUUUAUUGGGUAUUUAAAUGUCCCAAAAUUAUUUAGUGUAUUUUGGUGAUUUUGAAAUAAAAUUUUGAAAAGAAGAUUCUUUUUAUCAGCUUUUUUUUAAAUCCUGAUAAACUUUUCGAGGCUUGAUUUUAUUCAUUUUCGGUUUUGAAUGACGUUCUAAGGUAGUCACAGGUGUCUCAAGGCUUGAAAACCGGGAAAACUGUAGAAAAUAGGGAUGGACUUUGUAGGAAAAAACCCAGAAAAAAAACUUUCACUUUUUUUUUCUCACAAUUGAGAAAAAAGAGAAUUUUUCAGUAUUUUUUGACUCUCUUUUCUAUUGAUUUUGAUGGAAAGAUAUCUCUUUCCUGACAAGAGAGCGUAGAAAACAUGGAGAGAUAGAGAAAACUGACUUUUGCAAAUCUUUGCUGGACGCUCUCAUUUUCUUCAGUCUCUAGCUUUAAGAAGAGAGUUUUGAAUUCUUUUUUUUUUGAACGCUUGAAAUGUAGAUAACUACGAGGUCGGGUCUCAGAAAUCAGAUCGAAACUUUAGAAAGGCUCUGACAAUUUUUGAAUUUUUAACAAGUUUCCAAAGAGAAACAACAGCGUUUUUUCAAUUUUUACAAAAGAAGUCAGAUUUUUUCGAAAAUCAAGACUUUUUCCAGAGAAAUACCCGGCCCUGAACGGCCUGAUGCAGCGGAUACAGUCGAAAAAGCGCAAAAAUACGGUCGUUCUGGCCGCCGUCAUCUCCGCUUGCCUCAUCUUCACCAUCUUCUACAUCAUUCAUUGA